AUGGAUCCGGGGAGCCCCGUCUCUCUUCGGUCUGGCAGGCGACAGUUCCCGUGGACCAGCAGACAGAGACUGAAUCAUCGUCCGUCCUUCAAUGUUCUUGGGAGCAGAUCGGUCCCCAUAUCGGACGACCAGGCAUUUCAAUUGGUGUUAGAGGCUGUGAGGAAGGCGCUCGAUACCGAGCAGCACGUGGAAAAGGAGUCUGCUCUCGACACGGAUAUCAAUCAGGGCAUGACCAUCAACCUCAGCGGCAAGAAGAUUGGGGUCCUCACCGACAGCAUCAUCAAGAUUGUCCCGCGGGAUAUCCAGAGACUGGCGCUACCUGAGAAUAUGUUAUCCAAUAUCCCUUUGGAGUUCUCGACCUUCUCAUCAUUACGAUACCUAAAUGCUCGGGAUAACUGUAUCAAGUCAUUUCCUCCAGUGACAUUCUUUCUACCGCGCCUAGAGAUUCUCGACUUGAGUGUCAACAAAAUCCAGGCGCUUCCUGAAGAUAUCUCAAAGGUCACUUCGCUCAAAGUCUUAGCCAUAAGGGACAAUCUCCUGCAGGAGGUCCCUGCUUGCAUCGCGGACAUGACCCUGCUCCAAGUCUUCAAAGUGGAGGGAAAUCCGCUGAACCAAAAGCUGAGACGGAUCUUGACUUCGCAUCGAUCGUCGACCAAGACCAUAUCUGAGCCGGUGAACUUGGCUGAGAUUGCCGUAACCACUCGAAUCAAGCAGUAUUUGAAGGAUAGCAACCCCAGUACCACUAUAACUCAUCCGAUGGGGGAAUUGAGAUAUCCGCCAAGUCCAAUAACAGAUCAGCCGAAGCGUUCGUCCAGGUCCAGCCGACCGGGUCGUUUCCCAGUGAAGGUUCGCGAGAGCCACUCCCAACCCUCGAACCCGCCCCCAUCGCCUAUCGCCUUCCACUCGAAAGCCUUCUCCCAGCAGAGCUUCGCCCUUCGAAGCCCGUGUCUCAUCCCACCCACCAUUACUGAGGUUGGGGACGCACCACAAAGAGCCGCAAGGGGGUUAAGUAUCCAGACAGGCAAUAUUUACCCGACUGCUCAAGUCAAACAUCCGCCUUGGAAUCCACUCCAAUCUCCAGUGAUGAUCCAGCGCCCUCGUAGAGUGACUUUUGGCGCCGAACCUCAUCGACCCGGGGACCAGGAAAGGACGUCAAAUACUGUCAAUUCCAGGAAAAGAAGCGUCUUAGCGGCAUUGGCCGUUCAGCCGUCUCGCCCAUUGGCAGACGAGCCGUUGCUCGGCAUGGCUCGGACCCUAUAUUUAUCUGUCAACCAGCUUCAUCUACCACUCCAAGCUCUCUCAGGCAUCGCUUCCGACGUGCCAAACAGACGCUCAGCUCUGCAGUUGACUAUCGAGAAGGCGACUUUCGAUCUUAAUAUUCUCGGACAAUUGAUCCAAAAGCAUUCGGUACUGAGUCAGCAAGGACUGGAAGAAGCGGAUAGGAAUAUUAUUAGACAUACAUGCGCUGACCUCGUUAAUAAUUACAUGGCCGUCUGCUCUCAAGUCGUGACCAAUCUCGACAGGUUGGUCGACAGAGGCGACCCGCGGUUCGUUCGGAAUCUCAUUAGCCUCAUGUAUAGCAGCGUUAUGGGUUUUCGUGGGGAGUUCAUGCAACAUUCACAAAGCGAGGACUCUGACUACAAGAUGACGGUCCGGCCAAAUCGCUCGUCAACGGCACAAACGGGACUCGGUAUUCGUCAAAGCCCGCGCCACAUCACAUCCCGACCACUGAAACCUUUGACCGUUACACCGCCAGAGUCAGAGACGGAGCCAGACGCUGUCCCCGAUCGCCGCCGUGAAUGGGAGCGUCUUGACCUCAUUCGGACAGUUCUCCAGCGAUCAUGUCGGCUUGUCCUUGACACCCUACCAAAUCUCAGUCAGCAAAUAACGGGGGGCCUCUCUCAGAUACUCAUGUUGGAGCCCAAGCCACACAUGAUCGACACCUACCAGCUUCUCUUCACGUCAUGCUCCCGGAUGAUCGAGCGAGCCGGCUGCCUGGAAAAGAACCUCCCCGCCGUUAUGAGGGGUGAUUGCCUCAACAGAAGGUUCGGGUCCAUCUGCUACGAGUACGUCGAGGCCUGGACGCAGCUCGGCGCGCUCAUCAGGUCGUCUCACCCCAUGGUGGCGUUCCCGCCCGAGACGAUGAAGGCCUUGCAGCAGAUCCAGCGAAGCGUCAAGGAGGUUACUAGCCUCACUGUGAACCCCAAGCGUACCCCGGUGGAGUCGCCGACGAGCCCGCGUUCUGAUGUGUCCCUGUCCUCUGCGCCGGCGCCUAUAACGCCCAUGCAGGCAUCUAUUGGGCCGGCCUUUGAACUUCUCUCAAUGCGCUCACCAUAG